AUGCUGGCUAUAGAUAUCCUUGAAGGGAUUGAGCAGAAUUUAUUCCUGCCGAAAACCUUGAUAUCCUGCCAAUUGAACAACUUCACACAGGAAUAUAUUUACAAGGUACAAUAUGGGAUAAUAGAUGAUUGUUCCAUACUUUCAUGUGGCUGUUGCUUAUCUGAAUCUUUACAUCAGGAUAUCGUUAAGCACACAAAGGCAGAACGCAUUCGUUGUCCUAUUUGUGAUACCAAGAAUGUGUCACUUCUUUGUCCUGUCAAGCAAUUAAGAAGCUUGUAUAAGCAAAUUUAUUAUUAUAGAGAGAAAUUAAGAGAUAACGAUGAGGGGAAUAAUGAAAUACCUAUUAAAGAGACAACAAAGGAAGACUCCACAAAGCCAAUUGAGCGAUUUGAUCGCAAAGAUACUACCCAAAUGAGUCUGUUGGCACUAUUUCAUAAAGUGGCUUCGAAAUUUAAUAAUCAACCAGAUCUCCCUGGGAAAAAGACAAACUCCAUUACCCAGGUGGAUCAAGAACCUAACUAUGCCGAGAGCGUAGAUGCUGAAGUGCUGGACACGGCCUCCAAUACCCGAACCAUACCGAUAUCCCAGGAUUCCAUCAAUUUAUCAAUCAAGAAUACUCUUCAGGAUAUGACACGUUCAGUAAGUAUAGAUGAGGAGAAAGAGUACUUCUUUGCUCAGUGUUUUCCGAUAUACAGGAAAAGGUCUCAGUUUAAUACGCACCCUAAAUUUCUGAGAACAAAGUCUAAACUAUAUGUUAACAUGGCAAUAUCUCCCGACUGUUCUAAGUUUGCUUUAAUUACCGAGCAAAGAUGGGAAAUACAUUCUAUUCGUGAUGGUGAAAGUCCUAUUUUACUUUACUGUGGAAAAUCAACUGGUGAAUAUGGACCCGAUUUCGAUCACUUGAGAUAUCCAGAUGACAAAAACGUAUUAACAACUAAAGGAUCUAAUCCAUUGCGGAAGGAUUCAUGGGAACAUAUAUUUUGCAAACUUUCCAACGAUUUCUUCGUUAUAUCAGGCACCAAGAAAAGGUUCCGCGUAUUCGAUUUAACUCAAAAUGGUCAACCCGUUCACACGUACGCUUCAGCAUUUCCCAUUCGAUGUAUCGACAUCGAUUCAAACUCCGACAUGAUUGCAUGUGGAAUUACUGGCCUCGACAGGCUCACUGGAGCCGAACAAGCCCUGAUUGUCUUUCAUAGAAUUGAAAGAAACAAAGUCACAUCAGAGCCAGAAAUUUCACCACCAACUACUAUAACCUUACCAUACAGAGAUCCCAUCAACACUUUACAAUUUUCUGAUGAUGGGUUUUAUCUUUCAUGCUCUACCACUUUCGAAUCUCGGUUUUUAAUUAUAUCGCUAAGAAAGUUUAACGAGCCAAGAUUAAUAAUGAAAAGUUUACGCUCAAUCGAUACGUCUUUGGAAUCAGAAGGAAUUACCGAUGUAAAAUUAUUUCCAGGUAAUCCAGGCUUGAUGUGUGUAACAUCAGCAGCAUUCAACGCACCGCCAAUUGUGGUUAAUACAAAAAUUAAAAACAUAGACGGUCUUCAAUCGGUAGCUCAGCCCACAAUGUUAAUAAGACUUGAAGAGUUGGGUUCAAGUAUACACAAGUGUGAGAUAUCACCGCGCAAUGACUCAAUAGCAUUUUUAGACAGAAAUGGAUCUGUUUACAUAAUGUUUUCGCCAACAAUGGUGGAUAGCGACAAGAGAAGGAUAGUACUGGUUGAUAUGGUUUCAAAUGCUUACCGUGCACAUGAAUCAGCGGCAUUAAGAUUCAGCUCAGACGGUCAUAAGCUAUACAUCUUAGACCGCAAGGGAAUCCUCCAUGUCGAAGAUUUUUCCUAUGGCUUACCACAGGGACACGAGGUCACCAAGUGUAAAGAGAUCAAUUGA